AUGCCCUCGCUAUGUCUUCUUCUCGCCGUCUUGGUCCUCGUCACCAUCCACGAGACCCUGGCCCACCCCAUCCGGACGGCCCGAUGGGUGAAAAUAGGUCAAUAUCCGGAUGCAGAGGGUCGGGGUACAUGGAAGGUUUUCCAACGAGAAGCGCGCGAUGCUCUGUCCGAGUACACACCAGGAGCGAGUAAUCAGAACCACUUCUGGUCUGGCGAUAAUCCAGACGAAGCACUCGAGCGAGAACAUGCAUACACGCUCUCGGGUAGUCCGGAUCGUCCGUAUAAGCGGUUAUCGUCGCCCUCUGGGAAGUCAAUUGUCUCGGUCUUGGUUCCCAUCUUGCCUCGUAUACUACCCGAGCAAAACCAUCGAUUCCUGUAUCAGUAUCAUCAUCUACAGGACGAAGAGCAGAAGCGGAAACAGCAACAGCAGCAACAAGAGGAAGAACGAGAACAGCAUGAAUUGACUCAAUUGGCCAACGCACUUGCAUAUAUACCGUUGACUUAUGGCGAUACACUGCAAAAAGAAAGCACCGGCAGCGGUUCGAAUUAUCACAAAACAGAACCGGAACAAGACAACCGUGAAGAUGGUUCAUCGGCAUCAUACAUGGUGAUAUCCAGACACUCGUUCUCACUCUUCUCAUACCGGAUUUCUCUCCCCCACUUGCAUAUCCACCUCGAACUACCGGGAUUCCCUUUGCGGCCCCUUUCAGGAAUCUUCACAACGGUGAUCACUCUCGUAGCUAUGAUCUGGAUUGUCAUCCUGACCGUCUCACUGGUAGAGCUGGUCGAUUACCUAUGGCGGAAGCUACGGGGCACUAGGGCUGCGGUCGCUUCUGCAGCCAUAACGGAUUGCAGCGUGGUACCGUCCGGUGGUGGGAAGAAUGCCUAUGACACUUUGGGCAAUCCUGGGCGAAUUGAGGUUGUUCCUGUGGCCUCGAAGUAUGAAAUUCUUGCUUCAGAAUCGGACUCAGAUUCCGGGUCAGAAAGUGAUAUGGAGAAGUAUCGCAUUCCGUGA